AAGGCCGGCAUCUGCACCCGCAAAUGGUGGGUUCCAUCAUUGGCAGCCAGCCCUACUGAAGCCGAGAACACCCAGGGACCGGGAGCGGACUUGGACCAGCUGUACCGGCUUGUUGACAGAGGUUCGCGAUAGCUCUCAAUGCUGGAACGUACAAAUUCGGGAAUUCAGCACGGCAAAUGAUGCAGAGAAACAAGAGUCGAAGAGACAAGUCGUCAGAGAAGGAUCAGGCCGGCUGUGCCUUUUACCCCUGGCGCGCCCCGUGCCGUCCCAGGACUCUUCGGACGAACAUUGUUACCCCUCCAGCUGGCAGGCUCUUGCCCAGCUCUCCGACCUCCAAGUGCCUUGAUCGGGGAUUCGGCGCGCGGGAGAAGUCAGGCCCUUGUGGAGGCCGCCACGCGUUUCGCUUCAUGCCACUAACCGGCAUGCAUCGAGCGCCAUUGCAGGGCGAAUGGACGUGGUCAUCGAUUUUUGGGCGGAAUUCUGCAAGUGGGUCAGAACUGACAUGUCUCCCAACGCGUCAAUGUUCUCAUUGGCUGGGGUGGUUUCCGUUCCGGGUGACGGUUGGCUCGCUGUGCCUGAAUGGCAGGGAUGUGGAACAGCUCCCGUCCGGUGCCUUGCAGACAGUUGCAAGGAACAGCUACGCCACACACUGACCAACCCUGUUUGGCUGCUACAUCUAAGAAGAAGGCGUCCCACGUAGUGGGCUUGAAGGGCUCUUUAACAGCAGCUUGAGGCCGCUCUUGUACCUCCAACUAUCCUUGUAAUAGCGACGUGUUUGGACGAGGUGCCGAAACUGCACCCUGGAGCUCCGACUGUCCACGCCCCUUCGCCCCGGCUGCUCCGCAGCCCACCCUUGGUUGGCCACCCAGAGGUCUGGGAUGUCUUAAAUCUCGGCUGUCUCGUUGCCCUGUUGCC